UUGAGAAUUAAAAGAAAUUAAUUGAGAAAAUUGAUUGGACAUUUCAUGAAUAUAGAAACUGUUGCAAUUGCAGGUUUCUGUCCUUCUUUUAUUCAUCCCCAAAACGGCACUUAAUUGUUCUUAAAAAGGAUGUCGUUCGGUGAAAGAAUUAGGUUUCUUCUCAAAGAAGCUAACUCUGCUGCAGUGCCGUGCUCAACGAAACUCCACGCCACCGUUCCUCCGACUCUCCGACGGCAGCCGGACUUUGAAAUUUUGCAGUCAUGAGAUCCGAUGAAGCUCCAUCUCCAGCAUUCUUCAAAAUUAUUCUUCAAAGAACUAUUCAAACCAACAAACUGAUGAUUCCGCCUAAGUUUGUGAGGGAAAACAGUAAUUUGUUUAUGGAUUUUGCCAAUCUCAUCAUUCCGAAUGGCGAGUCGUGGAGAAUGGGAUUGACAAAAUCCGACGACAAAACAUGUUUGGACGGGAACUGGCAGGAAUUUAUGCAACAUUUCUCACUUCAGGAAAAAUACAUGCUGACAUUUAGGCCCAAAGGAACUUCUACUUUGGAAGUGUGUAUAUUUGAUCAUUCUGGUUGCGAGAUUCACUAUCCCGCAGCUAAUCCGGCACGCAAAACCAAUUAUGAGGAAGGAGAAAGCAGUAAUGGAGAAGCCAUGGAUGUAAAACCAAUCAAGACAGAAAUGCCUUGUUUGAACAUCCGAAUGAAACCAUACCAUUUGAAGCACGGAAUGGUGCAUUUACCAACUAAAUUUGCAAAAAUUCUGAAGAAAGCACCUGAACACAUCAACCUUCGAACCUCUCCGGCACAAACAUGGAGGGUUAGACUGAGGAAACAAGUUGUGGAAGGUAAAUAUGACCGAUUCCGAUUAGAGCAUGGAUGGGGUAAAUUCCUAGAUGACAAUCAUAUGGAGGUCGGGGAUGUCUGUGCUAUUCAGUUUACCUACCCUAAUCUCUGGGAAGUUACCAUUUUCCGUGGUUGACAAAUAAUACCCAUCUUUGUACUGAUUUAUAAUUGAUUAACGAAACUCUAAUUAGUUAUUAUGUAAUUUGGCAAUUAAUUACGUAUUGUUAUUAAUUUAUUA